AUGGCAGAGUCAGCAGUGAGUCUUGUUAUUGAUAAGUUGGUUCCAUUGCUAACUCAAGAGGUGGAUCUACUGAAAGGUGUCCAUAAAGAAGUUGAAGAAAUCAAAGACGAUCUGGAAGCCAUCAGAGCUUUCUUAAAAGAUGCAGAUUCUAGGGCAGAGAAAGAAGGUGUCAGCAACAGUGUUCAAAUAUGGGUAAAGCAAGCAAGGGAAGUAGCUUAUCAAAUUGAAGAUGUCGUUGAUGUAUACAUACUUCACAUGGCACAACAUCGUGAUCGACGUGGAUUUGUGGGCUUUUUACAUAGGAUGUCUUCCUUAGUUACGAAAUGGAAGCCACGCCAUGAGAUAGCAUCAAAGAUUCAAGAUGUUAGGAAAGGUCUUCAAAAUAUCAAGGAGAGAAUUGGAGCAUUCCAGUUCAUUUCUUCAGAGCAAGGAGCAUCAAGUGGCCAUGCAAGAAACAUUAUAUUGCAUGAUCCCCGACUAUGCUCUCUUUCCAUUGAAGAAGCAGAGCUUGUCGGCGCUGAAUCUUCGAGAGAUGAAUUGAUAAGGCACUUGGUAAGUGGAGAAUCUCACAGGAGAGUGAUAUCAGUGGUUGGGGUUGGGGGAGUUGGCAAAACCACCAUUGCAAGGAAAGUAUAUGACAACCACCAGGUGAAAGGUCACUUUCGAUGCCGUGUUUGGAUCACCGUGCCUCAAGAAUAUGAUAGGAAGGAGCUACUAAGGAGUUUACUUAACAAGUUCUAUCAAGGAAAAAAGGAAGUCUUUCCUCAAAGCAUUGCCACGAUGGAUGAUUCAGAAUUAAUUAACAAGCUUAGAGAAUAUUUACAACUAGAACGAUAUUUAGUUGUAUUUGAUGAUGUAUGGGAAGUUUGCUUUUGGGGAGAUGUUGAGCAUGCCUUGUUAGAUAACGAUAAUGGGAGUAGAAUAUUGAUCACAACAAGAAAUGAGGAUGUUGCUACUUUUUGCAGGAGAUCUUCAUUGGUUCAGGUCCAUCAGAUGAAACCUCUGCCUAAGAAGGAGUCGUGGGAACUGUUUUGCAAGAAGGCAUUCAAGUUUGAGUUGGAAGGGAAAUGUCCAAAAGAUUUGGAAGAAUUGUCACACAACAUUGUUCGAAGAUGUGGAGGACUGCCACUGGCAAUUGUGGCCGUUGGUGGACUUUUAGCAACCAAAGAAAAGGUGGUCCUAGAAUGGAAAACAUUGCUAGAUAGCCUUGGUUCUGCAUUGACGAGUGAUCCACAUCUUGUGAAUAUCACAAAAAUUCUCUCUCUCAGUUAUGGUGAUCUACCUCACCAUCUCAAACGUUGUUUCUUAUACUUUGGCAUGUUUCCGGAGGAUUUCUCCAUUCAACGUAAAAGACUAAUUCGGUUAUGGAUGGCGGAGGGGUUUGUACAAGAAAAAAGAGGCAGAAAAUCAGAAGAGGUGGCAGAAGAAUACUUGACUGAACUUGUUCAUCGAAAUUUGGUCCAAGCAGAUAAAUUUAAUUUAAAAGGAAGUCUCAAGAAGGUUUGUGUUCAUGAUAUGGUACGUGAGGUCAUUCUUUCCAACUCAGAGGAAUUGAGUUUCUGUCAUAUUUCAACUGAUUGCUCGACCCUUCAAGGUAUAGCUCGACACCUUUCUAUAAUUGACAGUGAAGGUGACAAUCCGAAGAUUAGGGUCAAGUCUCAAACGCGCUCUCUUAUGGUGUUCAGUAGAGUAGAGUCGCAAAAGCCCAUAAUUGAUGCGAUAUUUAAAAAAUGCAAGAUGUUGACGUCAUUAGAUUUUGAAAGGUGUCCAAUAAACUACAUUCCCAAAGAAUUGGGAAAUUUGCUGCAUCUGAAGUAUUUCAACUUAAGAAAUACCAAAGUGUCAAAACUUCCAAAAUCAAUUGGAAAGCUACAGAACUUAGAGUUCUUAGAUGUGAGACAUUCUUUAGUGAAAGAAUUGCCAGUUGAGAUUAACAGAUUUUGCAAAUUGCAAUAUCUUUGGGGUUGUCCUGCAUUGAAGAUACAUGGCAGCAUUGGGCAUCUAGAGUUCUUACAAACGCUAUUUGGAAUUAGACUAGAUGAUGAUCAAGGUCUGAGAUUAAUUACUGAGUUAGGAAUGUUGAAACAGUUGAGAAGAUUGGUAAUUACAAUAAAAAAAGAAUAUGUAAGGGAUCUAUGCACUGUAUUAGAGAGGAUGACUCAACUGCAGUCACUACACGUACAGCUAAAUACGAAUGACAUUCUUGAAGUGCAAUCUAUGUCUUCUCCUCCUGCUCAACUUCAAACUCUCUCACUUCGGGGACGGUUAGAAAGGUUCCCUAAUUGGAUUUCCAAACAGCAAAAUGUGGUUAAAUUAGGUUUGUGGAAUUCAAGAUUGAGAGAUGAUUCGAUAAAAGUCCUCCAAGCUUUGCCUAAUUUAAAAUUUCUUAUCCUGGUUUCUGGAUACAAUGAAGAGAAGAUGCAUUUUGAAGAAGGAGGGUUUCAGAAACUCAUGAUACUACAUCUUACAUGGUUGAAUGAAUUGAAAAUGAUGACGAUAGACAAAGGAGCACUGCCUCUUCUUAAAACGUUCUAUAUAGGACCUUGUCCACAAUUGAAGGAGGUACCUUUUGGAAUCCAACAUCUGAAACAACUCGAAAAGCUAUGUUUUGUUGGGAUGUCAAAAGAGUUCACUCAAAGGUUGUCAGGUGAAGAAGGAGAAGACUACUGGAAAGUGAAGCAUGUACCAAUUCUCCAAUAUGAUGGUACAUACGAUCCAGAUGAUCAAACAUCUUAUGCAGCAUGGGUGAAGCGAUUGUCACAUCAAAGAAUCAAAAUGCCUCAAGUACUUUUGGUAGAUGAUGGUCAACUCCCACAUCCUGAAAUCCCCAUAAGACUCCAUCCCCGAAGGGGAUGUGCACUCCUUCCACAAAAGUCGCUUAAACAAGAUAGAAGCGGAGUUGAAAGGAUAAGAGCAAGAUCCUAUUUUUCCUCAACUUCUAUGCGAGAAUUCCGUUCGGUCUUCCAGGACCACGAUUUCGUCGAUGGGUGUGGGCACGCUUUAGAACAAUUGUGUCCUUCCGGAACUCUAACAUCUCUCGUACUUCCCGACUUGCGGCAACUAGCGGUUAAAACAUCCAAUUUUAUCCCAAAUCGCUUGAAGCAAAUCAAGAAAUUAUCUCCUUGCCAAACAAAGCAAGUUGCAUGCUCUCUGGCCGACAAGAAGUAUGAGGAUAGGGCACAAAAAUCAGAGAUACAGGAUUGGAAAGCUGCAGUUAACCAGAAGGGAAUUUUUGAAAGUGUAGCAGCGAUAUUCAGGUGGAGAGAUAUGAGGGAACAUGGAAAGGAUCUAUGCAUUGUCUUAGAGAAGAUGACUCACCUUCGGACAUUAUUUGUUGCUUCAGUUAAUGAUAAAAUUAAUGAUGUACAAUCAAUGUCUUGUCCUCCUCCUAACCUUGGAAAUCUCUCACUUUGGGGGGAAUUAGAGAGAUUUCCAGACUGGAUUCCCAAGCUACACAAUCUAGCGAAACUGACUUUGGGCUAUUCAAGAUUGAUGGAUGAUCCAAUUGAAGUCCUUCAAACUCUACCCAAUUUAAAAUUCUUGGGCUUGAUUGUGGAUACAAUGGAGACAAGAUGCAUUUUGAAGGAGGAGGGUUCAGAAACUCAAUUGCUGGGCGUUGCUUGGAUCGAUGCUUCACUAACUGCUGGUCCACCCAUUCUUUCUGUGGUAUAUACAGUAAUGAAGAUUGAAAAUGGGUCGACACGCUCAAAUUCUAUACAUGCAAAGCAUAGGGUCGACAGCUCUAUAGUUGUCAAAUAUGAAGGGGUGACUUCGAUGGCGCUGGGUGGGGCAGCCAAAGAUCAGAUAGUGGUGAUUGGAGAGGAAGUUGAUUCGGUUAAGCUGGGGAAAUCACUAAGGAAAAAGGUUGGUAAUGCCAAUAUUAUGAGUGUGGAAGAAGAGAAAGACAAAGGUAAAGAUGAGAAAGACAAAGGGAAAGACAAAGGGUCGACACGCUCAAAUUCUAUACAUGCAAAGCAUAGGGUCGACAGCUCUAUAGUUGUCAAAUAUGAAGGGGUGACUUCGAUGGCGCUGGGUGGGGCAGCCAAAGAUCAGAUAGUGGUGAUUGGAGAGGAAGUUGAUUCGGUUAAGCUGGGGAAAUCACUAAGGAAAAAGGUUGGUAAUGCCAAUAUUAUGAGUGUGGAAGAAGAGAAAGACAAAGGUAAAGAUGAGAAAGACAAAGGGAAAGACAAAGGGUCGACACGCUCAAAUUCUAUACAUGCAAAGCAUAGGGUCGACAACUCUAUAGUUGUCAAAUAUGAAGGGGUGACUUCGGUGGCGCUGGGUGGGGCAGCCAAAGAUCAGAUAGUGGUGAUUGGAGAGGAAGUUGAUUCGGUUAAGCUGGGGAAAUCACUAAGGAAAAAGGUUGGUAAUGCCAAUAUUAUGAGUGUGGAAGAAGAGAAAGACAAAGGUAAAGAUGAGAAGAAAGAAGAAGAGAAAUAUCCAUGGCAGAGAGUGAAGAACAAAGACGACUUAAUAGCAACCACAACCAAGUGUCCUAAAGGCUGUCCUACUUCAACCACCCUUCCAACUUUGACAUGCAAGUUGAUGAAAAAUUUAUUGGCCUCAAGAAACCAAUUGUCCUCGUCGAUGUUUUCAAAAUCUAGAGUGAUCGAGAGAGUUGUUGUUGUAGUUGUAGUAAAGAAGAAGAAGGUCAUUGUAGAAGUAGUAAACCUGGGAAAGGCAGGGGAAUAUUUUCUUGAUGGAAGGAUAUUUGAUUGUAUCCAUGAAAUUACAGCGGCUCUUGCUUUUGCUAGGAUGACAGAUUCUUCUGCUUAUAGAGUUGAAACUACUUCUCGUCUCGCUCAAUGGAGGAUAGACAAUCCUGCUUCUUGUACUUAUCGCAAAUCCGAUCCUUUCAAGAUUGGCAAGUGGAAUUGGCAUCUAUCUGUGGAGAAGAACCGGGUACUAUUUGUUAAGCUGUAUCCAGAGAUAUCGACUCAAACUCGGGAAAAUCCUCCAAUCGCUUCAUUUAUUAUUCGAAUCGUUUCUUCUGUUGGAGAUCGCAAGGCUUUGACUCAUCCUGAGGUAACAGAUAAGCAGCUCAAGAACAACGAUGAUUUUGUGUGGGCAAUUGAUGUUCCUUUAACAGGGAAAUUCAUUAUUGACGUCGAAUUCAUUGAUUUGAAGGCUGCAUGUCCAGGGGGUGGAGAACCCUGCUCGAUCUGGGAUGAAGAAACCACAGAAAAGCGAUCAAAUGCAACAGCUCUUGUUUCCUUUGGUAGAAUGUUAACAGAAAGCAUCCACACGGAUAUCAAAAUUAAUGCUUCCGAUGGAAGCAUUGGAGCCCAUCGUGCUGUUCUCGCUGCAAGAUCACCUGUUUUCCACAGCAUGUUUGCUCAUGACCUGAAAGAGAAGGAACUGUCAACCAUAAACAUCUCCGACAUGUCAAUUGAAGCUUGUCAGGCUUUUCUCAAUUACAUAUAUGGGAACAUCCAGCACGAAGAAUUUCUGGCUCACCGUUUGGCACUUCUCAGUGCAGCUGAUAAGUAUGAUAUUGCUGACUUGAAGGAGGCAUGCCAUGACAGUCUUCUUGAAGAUAUAGACACGAAGAAUGUACUCGAGAGGCUACAAAGCGCAUCCUUAUAUGAAUUGCCGAAACUGAAGACCAGCUGCCUGCGGUAUCUAGUGAAGUUCGGUAAGAUAUUUGAUAUCCAAGACGAUUUCAAUGCCUUCAUUCAAUGUGCAGACAGAGAUCUAAUAGCUGAAGUCUUCCAUGAUGUUCUCAAUGCCUGGAAAGGAUUCUGA